AUGCGAACGCGCAUUAUAUCUGAGAGCCAAAAUGUGAGAAAUAGAGAGAGACAAUUUGCUUGGCAAUACGACAAAAUAUACUUUCUGAAGGCGGUAGUUAGCUUUAUCCACUGAAUGAAGCAUUUUCCAGACUCUCCAUUGCAACAUCUCGUACCUGUUCUACGUGAUUUCGGAGUGUCGGACCCUUCCUUUUGAAGGUACACUUAUUUGAUAGAAGCCGUGCUUUACUUAAACGCACGCCGUCUCAAAUCUAGCACUGGCUUAUCCGUUAAAACACAAGCGCCAACCAUUCUUGCCACCAACCGCCCCUUUUCACGUGAUAACCAACUCUUCCACCUUCAAAUUAGGCAUGAUUCAGAGUGACUAACUGGAUGAACUUUUGUUAAUAAAGAAAAGCUUCACAAAACGAUAUAUGUCGGAAGGGUACAACACAUGAGAAUUUUCCUCUUGACGAAAAUUCGAAUUUUUUCUUACCAAAAUGUAUUGUGAAUCUCGACAGAAUAUAAUUGGGUUUUUUAUUCGCGGCUGAAACCCCUCUCAGAACCCACCCGUUUAGAAAUACUAAAACCAUUGUGAGAUGUCCAAAAAAAGCCCAACUGACAUUUUGAUAAGAAGACGCAAGUGUUAUUUUGAUGGGGAGUAUAAACUUCUGUGUAAAAAUUUGGAAAUUAAAUCCAAUCAAAUUUGUCGACCGAGGCACGAGACAGUAUCAUCAACACAAGUUGUUGUUUAAGAUACAGUUAAGGACGUAUUAAGGUAUCAAGCGGACAUGAUUUUUAGAAAGUCCCCAAACUGUUCUCUCCAAAUGUUCUGUAAAGCAAACCUGUGUGUGUUCAAAGCAAUCACUAGUGAGGUUUUACGGUAGUUGGCCUAUCUUCCUCUUUCCCUUUUCACUAAAUAAUACAUUUUUUUUCUCUCAACAGGAGUCUGCCGCUGUGUACUGUGUUAAUGUAAAGGUUUGUUUCUGUUCUAAAUUGAUUGUUGCUUAAUAAAGUACUAUCUUAUUAAGAGCACUGCAUUGGAUUUUUAUUGGAUUUUCAAUUAGUGCUACUGAAAUUUUGAUUACAGUGCCCCUUGUUAGCAGUGUGCUCCAAACAUGAUAUCGCUAACUUGACUUACCCGUGGUAUUUUGCCGUUGUCGAGAAGGCACAGAAGGCAACGUCAAACUUCUUUGAGGAACACCACUUAAUAUGGACUUGCCGUUGAGCUGUUGUUUUCUGGGUUCUCCUUGGCGGGUUUCUCGUAUUUAAUCCGACGCGCUCCAACCAUGUGACCUGUCACGUGCCAGGGAGCUAAAUACGUUAAGGCUCAACAAGUAAGAUCAAAAUUGCAUAUCAUGUCGUGGGCGGCCUGUUUUAAAACAAGAACAAAUUUGAAUCACACAGUAUGACCAGAUAGUGCGGAAUUAGUAACAUGAAAAAAACUAAAAAUGCAACUCCACUCCGGGUCGCAAUUUUCAAACUAUUUAUCAAACAGUCUGUGCGCUACUCUCACGAAAGGAAAUCGUAGGUCUUAACCUAUGUCACGUUUGAUUGUGAUGUACUCGUAAAAAGAAGAUAAAAAAUACCAUUCCUCGUGGAGUACACAAUUACGAAGCCUCGUGGUUCUCCACAGGUACAGAUUUGGCGAGAUAUUUUUAGCCAAACGGAAAUAGAUUUGAUGUUUUGGUUUUAGAACGUGUUUGAUCGUAUCAGAGAUGCUAAGCCGUUCAAUGGAAGGUAAAUAGUAAUUAGCGACGCUUGUUUUCGCAAACAAAAAAAGUGAUUGCCUUGCGUCCCUUGCCUUUAAACAAUUUUUAUUGCGACGUUCUCCGUCUAUAUAAUAUUGUCAUUCCUAUCAAGAAUUUAAUGACAUCUGUAAAUCUGAAGGAGGCUGGUAAGGCCAGCCGAAAUAUUGUUUUAAAAAAAUCAAUACACGUUGUUAUCAGCUUUCCAGUAGUCUUUGGACCUCUCGUUUUUUGUUCUUAAUAUUUUAGCUGAUUAGAUCUCUUUUUUAGAGAUCUAACGUUGACAACCAGCGGGAUCUUCGUCCACGGUUUUUGCUGUUUUUUUCUUUCUCACAGUGAGUUGCCUUGGAUCAACGGAGGGCUACCAGUAUUCUACUAAAAGGUCCAUGAUUUCCAGUCGCAUUGUAAUGGGUCAUUUAGGGAGGCAAACAAUCAAUUGUUUUCAAAGUUACCCAAAAUUUUCUAUUCUUUCAACGGUAAUCAGUGGCUUAGUCUUGCUAAAUUCCCAGAUGAGAUAUAGCUUCCAAUGCUAAACUGGGAAUCAAUUUGAAAGGAGUUCCUUGCAUUCGUUACGUGGAUUUUUCCAUUUUCAUAGGCUCCUGAUAGUACAGAGUUUCAUUAAACUUUGAACAAUUCUGUUCAACAUUUUUUUCCUUAAGUAUUCGCAACUUUAAGGCCUACCUAAACUUAUGUACAAACAAUAUUCUACAUGUCGAAAAUAUACUGAUUCCGAAAACGAAACAAAGAAAAGUACAUCAGAGAUAACGUUAUCAUUUUUAAUUACAGUUAGUCAAAAAGCGGAUUUUGGUGUAAACUUUUUUCUGCAGAGAUAACUGAAAGACCAUCAACAUUGUUGCCAGGGAGGUUUCUCCUCGUCCCUUGAGAACCAUCUAUCCCCGGAGUGGGUGGGGACCUCCCAUGUAAAAGUGAUGGGAUGCUCGUCGGAAAAUUAAAACCUGAAACCCCUAAGAGAGAUUAAGAUAGGUGUUGCUCAAGCUUAAACUGACCCCAAAUGAGACCAUACUAAAACAGACAUCACGCACAGCCCUAAGCGAUACCUGAAUGGAGAAAUAUAGUGACGUUCCGUUGCAAACACCCUAAGUGAGACCAAAAUAUGCAAUUUACACCCCCCUAAGCGAGAUGACGAGUAUCCCCGUCACUUUAAUAUCAGAGUCUCUCCUACCGGGCAUCAAACACGGUGUGGGUGAAACGUUAGACGAACCCUUUAAAUGGAAAGCUGGAAGUAAGGCUAGAUAAGCUUUGAUCAAUUACAUUUCACUAGACAAGUAAGCCGCAUCUCGCCUUUCUCGCGUGGAGUGAUUUUCACACGCGCUCGCGUUUCGCUCGCUCUGCUAUCCCUGAGAAAAAACGGGGACUACUCGUAGUCUACUGGACCAGCAAUCUACUGAUUGUCUCUUUAUCUCUACAAAAGUGUAAGGAAUAACGAUGCCUUCACGCGCUAGAGAAUACACUAGGGCCAACGUGCAAAGAAUGGAAUUUGCUGCCACUUAUGUAAGAUUUAGAAGCAAACAUGUUUGUUUUUGCACUGUCAGAUUUGGACAUUAUCAAGUCGCAAACCAAAAGCUAUUUUACCUGUCUGAACUUAUGUGCUUUGUAAGGCUGCCUGAUAAAGUGGCUCGAGAUUUUUAACCAAUCGUAAGCGUGCCACGUUAGAUUCUCUAUCACUGUCCACCCGAUUAAGGUAACAAACCUUAAUCAAACUUAACUCCCGGUCAAAUAUCAAAUUAAAGCGCCUUUGCGAAUAGUGGUGUAGGAGCUUGAUAAGGGAUUGAUAGUGCACCAGUAAUAAUGAGAAUAUUUUUCCUAUUUGUAAACGAACUUCUCCUUUUUUGUUGUUACACUGUAUGUAUUUUCAGUGGUCUGCCCCACCUUCGUGUUGAUGAUUCGUUUCGUGACUAAGUCGCAUUCUGAUUAAACAGUAUGAUCUUUAUAUUAUCCGUUCGUCUCUUUCCUGCUCGGGGAGUUUCAAGGUCAUAUUUAGCCCGAAAUGAUUAUUCAUUUUUAAGGCAAAAAUUAAAUGGCAGAAACCGGUUUCCUCCAAAUCCAUUGAAAAGACUUUUUAGGCUACCCAGACUACUUUUAGAUCUCUAGAAAUGCAUUCUUAGCGGCGCUAUAAAAUUUGUAUCUGUUAGGUCAUCUUAGGCGAACAUGAGUCUUUUCGAAAUUACAAGGGCUUCAGUAUUAUUUUUACGAAAAUUUUAGCUGCAGUUUAACGUAUUACCAAUGAAAGUGAGCUUUUUCCUGAUUCCUCUUUCCAUCACAUUUUUGAAUCCGAAAAUUUUAGGGUUCCUUUUUUCUACGAAAAAUAGCCAAACCUGGGAAGUGAAAUGUGAAAAAUUAAACUUCAGAAAAUCGUAGAGAAUUUAUUAGAUGAGCUUCGAAAAUCGACAGGAAUGGAACGGUCAUCUGGAAAUUUUUAGCCGUCCUCAAACAGAAGAAAAUUUAAGGCAACAUCUGCUUCUCCGAGCAGAUAUUUUACAGAAAACAGUCGUUGAGUGCCCCUGGAAGCUCUGGUAAACGAUCAAACGGGGUUUAACAAUACUGGUCGUAACUUGAGCAGGUCGCUUACAAAAGUGGUCGCAAGCAGAGCGUCGACUGUUUCAACUUGAAAUAAAUCACAGGCACAAUGCACCAACAAUGAAGGUUUUUUUGUCUGAGUUAAUUUCGUUGAGUUUUUUUUCACAGUGAUUAGCCCCUUCGGCAGGUGAAGUUAACAAAGCGGUUGAGAGGAUUAACCGAGAGCCGAAGAAACUAUGUCACGCGACAAGUGCUUGAUACCGUUCAGUGAAAACAAAUAAAAACUGAGACAAACACAUCACACGAGUCCUUGUGAAUUAUAUAAUAAUAACAAAAAAUGCGGAGUUGAGUCGGCUAUAUCAUAGUUGGAAUAACGGAGAAGGUACUCGAUCGACAACAGAGACCUUAUCGACUUCUUUCGUAAACAGGAAUAUUUAUGAACGCAUUUGUUAAGAGACUUUAUUUUUAGUUACGAACUUGCUUUAAAAGCCCAGGUUUCGCAAAAAUAAAAAAAGGAUAAAUUUUUGAAGGUUUAUUACGUAAUGAGAUAUUUUUCAAAACAAGGAAUGGGUAAAAUUGAAGUACAAUAAACCACAGUAAAUCACAGCAGAAAAAGAAAAACAAAACACCAGUUCAGUUACACAUGUUUCAAAAUUAUUUCUUACCUUCAGCGGUCCUAAUACGAGCUUUACAAGGCAAUAAAUAUGGUAUCUUCUCUUCACAGGACGACCACGACAUAUAUUUUAGUUAUUUACCCGUGAAUAUCGCAGAUUUAAAUGAUGUUUCGCUAAACAAUUCACCAGUAGACGGGAAAUUAUAGAGUUGGGGAGUAACAAGAGUUCCGCUUGAGAAUGCAUUCAAAAAGGCGUUAGGGUAAUUAUCACUUUCUUUCAAUGCAAUCGUACAGAUCCCCCGCAAGUCGCCAACAGUAAAACAAAAGACCACCCCGUGUGAUUCAAAACAGUAAGGAACAAUAGAAAAGCUUUUUUGCAAUAAAUCGAUUGGAUUUUGCUUGGUUAAUAUGUCAGUGAGAGGUUUUAAUACAUCCCUGUAAAACGGUCAUUAAAUAUUUCGGAAAUUUCAAAAACCCGCGUGGCAUCCAAAACGUUUUACGGUUUGUGAAAAUAAUAAUAAAUUUAACAGUUCUCCAAGGGUGUGUAGACUAAUUGUUUUAUGUACUUUGUUUGACUCAGUUGGUUUCUUCUCCAAUUUUCCAAGACGUCUAAAAAUGGUUAACUGUUACGAUACAGCCACGUAAAUGUUAUAUUGACUUAACCUUGACUAUUUAGAUUCGAACUUGCUCACGGAUUUGACUUCCUGAAUUUAUAAGCUUUUUGUAUUUUAGUUAUCCUUGAAGUCCAAUGACCAGAAUUAAUUGGUUCCUCUUUAUUGGCACCUCAACUGAUUAAUUCUGUUUGCUAUCCUAUCUGUAUAAUUUUGUAGUUCUUCUAACCGCUGCUUAUUUGGCAUAAUUUGUUUUACAUCAAAGACUGAUGCAUGUACACAAAGCCUUGCAAUGUGACACUGUCUUAUUUGCUCUUUUUAACGAAUCAUGACUUUACGAGAGAGACACUUAGGAAUCAUACUGAAAAUUUUUAAUGUCAUUCACGAUAGUCUCAUUUGACUAAAAGCGAGGUUUCGUCUUUUCUCCUCCAUAGAGGCUCCUGCUGGUUAUCCUAAUAAAAAUAGCAAUAAUCUAGACUACAAGUAGAGCCCUUAUUUUCCCUCAGGGAUAGUGGAGCGAGCGAAACGCGAGCGCGCGUGAAAAUCACCUCACGCGAGAAAGGCGCCUUCCUCGCGAUGGGUGAUUUUGAGGCGCGCUCGCAUUUCGCUCGCUCUACUAUCCUUGAAAGAAAAUAAAGGACUAUUCGUAGUCUAGCAAUAAUCUCUUUUUCCCCUCCUGUCCCCAGCCUCCCUAUGCACUCACUUUGAGCGCUUACCAUUUGUACGGAAAUUUCGGUGAACUGAUUUUCCGUCAAAUGGUACUGGUAUUUUUUCUGAUACCGAAAACAGGAACGGGAUUGAGUUGUACCAUUCACAAAAUACCAGUAAAUUUUUCGCUUUCUCUCGACAUGAAGCCUAGCACUAGUAAUCCGAACAAAUGGUACAGAAAAUCUCCGUCGUCUCGGUUAGAACGGGAAAAAGGUAAUACCACAAAAGGUAUUACUUUUUACCGGAAAAUUUCCACCGGGAUGAACCGUUCCAUUUGAAUUCUCUACGGAAUUUCCGGGUUUUCCAUACAAAUGGUAAGCGCUCUAUAUCUAUUUGGGUAGUGCUUCUGAUUGGUUGGUUGACAAUUAGCGUCAUCCAAUCAGGAGCUCUACCCAGAUCUAUAGAUAUUGGCGCUUCAUCAGUAUGGAAUUUCUGCGCUCGCUUCACAGACUGGGAGGUGUCGCGAAAUGUAGGCUGUUUUUUCAGGCAAUGAAGUGUUUCUAUUAUGAAGAUACGAAAAUUUAAAUUAUUUUUCUCUUUGUUUUUGAGGCUGUGGUCAAAUUCUGUGAACCGAGUUCUUCCACGUGAUAGUACUACUUAAUUUUUCUGGAUAUUCAGAAACAAAACAAAUUUGAAUUCUUUUUUCCAGUUAUGACUUCAAGGGUAUUUUUUUAAAAGCUAAGAAAAAAGUCUAGUGUCUCGAGUCUCCUUGUCAACUGCGUUUAAAAUGAUAUUUAAGACUGCAAAACAAGGUUGCCGUUUUCGAAAGGUUAGUUUAAUGGAAGGUUUCCGUACCGAUUAUUUGUGUAAAAUGUAAAAUGAUUUAUUCACGCCAAGACGACAUGAUUGGUAAAAUGGGCGAUAAAUUAAACAGCAUAUCACUUUCAGAAAAUAACUCGUUAUAGGUGCUUUCCAUUAGGAUAAAACACCCUUAAUCAGACGAAUUCACAAUACUGGAGGCGCCAAUCGAGCGACAAACAUGAUAAACAGCUUUAAGGGAAGUAAUCUUCAAGGCAAAAUAAAAAUUAGUCUUUGAAAAACCGAAGUUUCUUAUCAAUUGUUAACAAUUUCUUACAAAAGGCUCGUGAUCGGUCACCUUUCUCGUCUUAUUUUUGGUGUUAUGUAAAAACCCGAAAUAAACACCUUUUUCCCGAGGCUGUUUUUAAUUCAUUUCCUUAAGAUAUAGAAACUUGUUUACAUAAUUCAGCGCUAAACUCUCGCAUAAAAUCAAAAGCUAUUCUGACUUUCAACUGAACUUGUCAACUACCACCCAAGCACUUAAAGAUAAUGUCCUCGAUAAUCCAUGUUGGUUUGUUCGUUUCCAUUUAAGUUGUGACCUUCUUCAGUACUAAAAGCUUUGAAAACAUAACUGUUAAAGACAGACCAGAACAAAGCACAUAACACAUUUCAAAACAUCCGCAAGGGACUUUAAAUUUACGACCACUUAAAGUGAACUAUUUCUCUCUCUACUAAGGACCACUACGAGUCAUCGAUAGGUGUCGUAGCUGUCAAGAACUGCACUUAAAAGAAGGAAGCUAAUCACGUUGCUGUGGGCUCGAGACAUUCAUCAGACAGAUAUUUGACACAACUGUUAGCUUUCCUUCGAAGAACAAAUUGGACAUCAAAUAAACAUUUUCACCUGUGCUUGGGGCCAUUGUAAUUUUAACCGUCAAAGCGCUUAGAAACUGCCAGUUUACGAUGUUUUUUGCCGGAAGGUCUAGAGGGCAAGUUAUUGAUAGGCUUUACCGUUUUUGGGAACAUUUUUUAAAUUGCACACCACCAGUAAUGCUAUUUUCCUACUUUAACUGUCUGCAGGCCAGUGAAUAAAGUGUUAAAUCGGCAAGCUGUCGAACACGCAUCAACACGAGUAAUCCUCUAUAAAAAAUCCUUUAUGAUUUACAAUAACACUAUCGUGAAUUUAAUAUACCUUGAUUCUUUAUUUCAUCUCCUAGUUUUCCGUCUGGUCUAAUUAUGUUGUUGUCAACUUGACUCUCUAAACGAGAAAGUCUUCAGAGAAUAUUUAGGAAUGACGGGAGUUCAGCGACACAAGGUCUCCUUCAGUAAUAAAGAGUUUAUCGUGAAUUUCGAAGAACAGACUUACCUUUUAGGAGAACUGAGUUACUUAUCGCACAAAAAGGUAAUCAGUAUUCCCCCUUGGGGCAUUAAUGGCCUAAAACGUACCUCGAAUAACAAAUGAAGCUGUUUGCAUGGCUGUUACUCUUCCUUACUGUUAAAACGUUUUCUCUCAACUCGUUUAGAACAACUUCCCUGUAUAAACUGGAACCCGAUGCGAGUUUUAAGUGAUGCAAGCGCUAUGGCCUUUUAACUCAUUACUGAGAAAAUUGCUUUCAUAAUUUGUCAGUUGUCUCGCAUUUUGUGACAGGUGGAGUUGUAUUAUCAGAGAAAAAGUUCUAGAUUGAUAAGUGCCCAUUUACAUGCUAGAAUAUUCAUGCCAAAAUUGCAAUGCCCGAACCGACCUGUCGGUUUCCAAUCCAGGGAAGCUAGGGAGUCAUUCUUGCUCCGUUCGUUCAGUAAAGAAAUAGUUUUUAGUCGUCCGAAAAUGCUCUCAUCUCUAGUUCAAAAGUUAACUCGUUUUGUGUGAAGAGGAAAGAGAUGAUCCUUGUUUGAAUAGGCCGUAAUAAAUCGCGAAUAAUUUCUAUUUUUUACCAAAUUCGUUUGAAAAUAAACAGAAAAUGAACGCCGCAAGAAACCGUCUGAUGUUGUAGUAUGCAAAUAUCAGUCGGUUAAAAGCUGGCCCAUCCAUCCAUUUGUAGUCUUUUGUCUUAGUGGUCGGAAUCGAGUCUCGUACUGGUUUCUACACGUGACUGAUAAUGUUAAUGUAAGCUGUAUUGUGGACAAUUCCUCAAACUGCUGGUCAUCGGUUGGCAGUUACCGAAACGCGGGGAUCGAGACUCAUUUGGGAAACUGAUUUUUAUGUUAACCCAAGAAAUAGUCGCAUUUUAAUAUGCGAUUAGUCGUACAAUAAGCUCGUUGAACUAUUUAGACAAUCCGCUCAAAAUAAAACAGAUUAUAAAAGCUAUUGAUUAGGUUUUCUUCCAAAAUAACUAAACAAUUAACAGAGUUUCGUUAAGCAAAUUUUUGCCGCAUAGUAAUUACUGCUUCUUGUCAGAUUCAAGUUGAUUGUGACAAUUUAGACUGGUUGGUGGGAUGGCUGCAGACUGAAAGGGUAUAAAUUAUUACUGUACUUUUUGUGUAAGAAAAAUUAGAUGAAACAAACCUUACUCUGAAUUUCUUCCUUUGUAACCAAGCUCGUCGCGUAAAAUGAUGUUUAAAAAAACCUUGCCAAGAGAGAAAAAAUAGCUUUAUCUGAGUCAGUAUACAAGUGCGUCAUUAGUAUCGCAAUACCUUUUAAUAAUCAGACGUCACUUGUUACAUGGUAAUGGUAUUUCUACAUUUUGUUGAAUUGAUAACGGCAGUGAACCGAGAGACGAUCGAACCAAAUUUAAGCUGAGGAUUUAAUUAACGUUAGAGACCGUCGUAUCGAGUAUAAUGAAUCCAACCCUCUGCCCUUUUGAAAGAGAUGCGAGUCCUAACUCCAAGCACUUUCCUUCGGUUUUGUUUUGUCUCUGGCUUUGUCGUUUGUUUUGUUUGUUUACUAUUUUCUACUUCUCAUAUCAUGUUAGAUCCGUUUUUGUUUAAUUCAAUGUUUAAAACAGGCGCAUGAAUAUUCAAGAAGCACCUGAAAAGGCAACUUUAAAAGUUUGUUCAUGAGGAUGGACGAAUUUCACUAAAAUACAAUUUCAAUCCAAGGUACUGCUGACAAUUUAUUCCUCCUGAUUAAAAAGAUGAUAAGUUAGGUUAAAAGCUGGUUAAAGUUGGCCUUACAAGAAAGAAAACUCUAAGUUUUCUUAAUUCGUCGCGGUUAAACAGGAAGUCAAUGGUUAUCGACUUUAAUAAACAGCUAUUUCAUUUAUCUCACUUUGGGAAGAAGUUCUGGAACCGAAAAUUGGCAGCACAUCGGUCCCUUAUUUUACAGAAACCUUCUUAAAAAAUAAAUGUCUUUUAACUUACCUUGUUGUCGUUAUCUCCUGCCUCGAGAACUGACAAAUAUUCAAGCUGAUAAAAAUUACGAAAGGAGGCGUCACAUGAGAUAUAAAUUUAAUAGAAUAUUAAUACUGUCACUUUUAGAGGCUGAGCAAACUUAAUUGUCAAAUAGGAAUUCGAAGGUCUUAAUAGUGAUACGUCGAUCACGACUCUUCUGCAAUUUCCAUAACAUAUAAGCACUCCGCAUUUCAAUUAUUCUGCCUUUUUUGCUGUCAUUUAGGGUCCCUUUAAAACUUCACUAAGAAGGAUUGGGACAUUACCCUCUCUUGAGAUCUGUUUUACUGCCCCUGGCUGAAACAGAAAAAUUUCACAUAAACGAGUGGAAUUAAAUAAAGUUGAUUUAUGUAAAGUUCUCAGAGUUAUUAAUUUUUUGGCCACGCAUAUAUAUAGCGCAAUUAAACAAACCCAUGGGCAAACACGGAAACAGGUGAGGUCACAAAAGCGUGGCGCACAGCAGACCACAGUAACAUUCUUGUGAGAAGAGUUCAAAAAUAUUUAGUUGUGCACGCGCAGUUGUCAAUGGCUUUGGUAAGCUUCAGUGUAAGGUUUAUCAGAGAUCUUACUUAAGAUUGAAAAAGUAAAAAUUGCAGAAAUUCCUAAUUUAACACUACUGCUGUAAAUAAAAUUUGUCCCAGUUUGACAAAAAUCGAUAUCAAUUCUUGUCAAUAAAUUCAGCUCAUGAGAUUUUGUUCCGAGCAUCAAGAUAUAUCACAAAGACCAAGAAAAAAUAAAGUUUCAAGUCCAGACUACAGAAAAACGUUCCAAGAUUUAAUCUCUUGUGCCUGCCAUUUAAAAGAAAAAUAGUUUACACUAUUAUACACAAACAGCCAAGUCAUCCUAGUACUCCCGAUUCCACACAUCCAAAUCAUCUUAGUCAAACGGUUCAUCUCUAUCACCCUAGUCAUCCGACUCAUGCCAGUCAUCCUAGUCAUACUAGUCAAGCUAGUUAUCCCACUCAUCCAAGGCAUCCAAGUCAUCCCAGUCAACCUGGUCAGUCAUCCUGGUCAUUCCAGGCAUACCGGUCAUCCCGGUCAUCCUAGAAAUCCCAGUCAUCUUGGUCAUCGCAAUCAUCCAAGUCAUCUUAGUCAUCAUAGUCAUCCCAGUUAUCUCAGUCGUCCUAGUCAUCGUGGUCAUCCCAGGCAUCCUAGUCAUCCCAGUCGUCACAGUUUUCCCAGUCAUACGAGUCAUCCUAGUCAUCGCUGUCGUCCAAGGUAUCCAAGUCGUCCCAGUCAACUCAGCCAUCCCGGUUAUCCUGUUCAUCCUAGUCAGCCUAAUCAUCAUAGUCAUCCCAGUCAUAUCAGUCAUCCUAAUCACUGAAUUGUUAGAAAUAGUUAUGGUGUGUCCUGGGACUCAUCUUGUAAAAAACCAUGAGUCCCAGUAAAAAUAAAAACGAGUCCGAAAUUGAAAAUGCUUGGGCGUUAAUGUAACCAGACAGUUAAUCUGAAGACAGACAAAACUGUGUAUUCAGUGUCCUAAAAAUUAAAAUAUAGUCCUUCUAUUUUAAAGCACAAGGCUAAAAGAAAUAUGCAUCGUUAAACAACAGCCAUUAUAACUGCCACAUAAAUUACACCAACGGGAUAUUUCUUCAAAUACACGUGUUGAAAUCGAUCGAUCGAUCGAUCUUUCCGUGCUAUGGGACUCAUGAAUUUGCGUCUCUGGAGAUUUCUAUGCGUCAGGGACGCAGAGGUAACAAAAUCAUUGCCUAAUCAUCCUAGUCAUCACAUUCAUCCUAGUCAUUCCCAUCAUUCCAGUUAUCCUCAUCAACACGGUCAUCUCCGUCAUCCUCGUCAUCCUAGUCAUCACAGUUUUCCCAAUCAUCACAGCAGGGGCCUAACAGGCUCCUCUCCCAGUCACCCUAGUCAGCCCAGUUAUCCUAGUCAUCCCAGUCAUCGUAGUCAUCCUGGUCAUCUCAGUCAGCCUAGUCAUCCGGACAUCCCAUUCAUCCAAUUCAUCCCGGUCAUCCUAGUCCUCCCGGUAAUUCCAGUAACCCUAGUCAUCCUGAUCAUCCCAGCCAUACUAGUCAUCACAUUUUUCCCAGUCAUCCCAGCAGGAGCCUACAAUGUUGUGCGCAAUUUUGGGCAACCAAUGAGUAACAAUGUCAUGAGUCUAUAAAGUUGUCCGGGCGAGACAUCGACCAACUAACUGGUUAUAUUCAGAGCCACUCAAAGUAGUUUGCGAGCUCCUUUGCAGCUAUCUCAGAGCAACUCUGAGUUAUCAAAGAGCAGCUCAGAGCAAUAUUCAGUAAACAGUGAGUACUUUUGACCUCUGUAGCUCAUGAUCAGUGAACUGUAUUUAGUUGAGUGCAGAAUGGUUGUAGUUAGUAUAGGCAGAGAAUUAAAAUGUAACAAAAAACAACCACAGUUGUCCUAUAGAACUCAAAAUCUGUUCUGCGUGAAUUGAUCUUUCUAUACACAAAAGCCAUUACAAAUACCUAUUCUUAAAAUUGGCGGAUUACGUACGUUUUAAGUAAGCUCAAGUAUGGGCAUUUAGGGUGACUUGGGUGACUAGAGUGACUUAGUUGAGAAGGGUGCAUUGGGUGACUUGAAUGACUUGGAUGACUAAGGUGACAUGGGUGAUUUNUAGUCAAACGGUUCAUCUCUAUCACCCUAGUCAUCCGACUCAUGCCAGUCAUCCUAGUCAUACUAGUCAAGCUAGUUAUCCCACUCAUCCAAGGCAUCCAAGUCAUCCCAGUCAACCUGGUCAGUCAUCCUGGUCAUUCCAGGCAUACCGGUCAUCCCGGUCAUCCUAGAAAUCCCAGUCAUCUUGGUCAUCGCAAUCAUCCAAGUCAUCUUAGUCAUCAUAGUCAUCCCAGUUAUCUCAGUCGUCCUAGUCAUCGUGGUCAUCCCAGGCAUCCUAGUCAUCCCAGUCGUCACAGUUUUCCCAGUCAUACGAGUCAUCCUAGUCAUCGCUGUCGUCCAAGGUAUCCAAGUCGUCCCAGUCAACUCAGCCAUCCCGGUUAUCCUGUUCAUCCUAGUCAGCCUAAUCAUCAUAGUCAUCCCAGUCAUAUCAGUCAUCCUAAUCACUGAAUUGUUACAAAUAGUUAUGGUGUGUCCUGGGACUCAUCUUGUAAAAAACCAUGAGUCCCAGUAA